AAAAAACUUUAUAAAUAAAACACCAACAAGAGAGAAAAUGGCUAAGGGCUUAUUCAAACCUGUCCUCAGUUUUCUGAUAUUGAUCUCGUUAGUGGCGGUUGCAGUAAACCUUCCGUCCACGGUUGAGGCACAGGACAAGAAGAAGCCGAGGAGAGAUGUUCCUCUAGUGAAAGGUCUCUCAUGGAGCUUUUACCAGAAAGCAUGUCCAAAAGUGGAAAGCAUCAUCAGGAAAGAGCUCAAGAAAGUCUUUAAGAGAGACAUUGGUUUAGCUGCAGCCAUCCUUCGUAUACAUUUCCAUGACUGCUUCGUUCAGGGAUGUGAAGCAUCAGUGCUGCUAGAUGGAUCAGCGAGUGGACCGGGAGAACAAUCAUCGAUCCCGAAUCUGACACUCCGUCAAGCCGCCUUAGCCCUCAUCAAUGACCUUCGUGCCCUCGUCCACAAGCAGUGCGGUCAAGUCGUCUCUUGCUCUGACAUCCUCGCUCUAGCCGCCCGUGACUCUGUCGUCCUAUCAGGAGGGCCAGACUAUGCUGUACCACUUGGCCGACGCGACUCACUAGCAUUCGCUAGCCAGAACACAACGUUAAACAACUUACCGCCACCAUUCGCCAAGGCGGACCAGCUCAUCGCCGACUUCGCUAAUAGAAACCUCAACAUCACCGACUUAGUUGCAUUAUCCGGUGGUCACACCAUCGGAAUUGCGCAUUGUCCGUCUUUCACAGACCGGCUAUACCCGAGCCAAGACCCAACCAUGAACAAAUCCUUCGCCAACAACCUCAAACGCACUUGCCCCACCGCGAACUCGAGCAACACGCAAGUGUUAGACAUAAGGAGCCCUGACGUGUUUGACAACAAGUACUACGUUGAUCUCAUGAACCGACAAGGGCUGUUCACGUCCGACCAGGACUUGUACACGGACAAAAGAACACGUGGUAUUGUGGAGAGCUUUGCGAUCGACCAGAAGCUGUUUUUCGAUCAUUUUGUGGUGGGGAUGAUCAAGAUGGGUCAGAUGAGUGUCUUGACGGGGUCACAAGGAGAGAUUCGUGCAAACUGUUCCGCCAGAAACACUGACAGUUUCAUGUCUGUUUUGGAAGAAGGCAUUCUCGAGGAGGCUCUUUCCAUGAUCUAGAUAAAACCAUAUAAGUAUCGCCUCUUAUUUUCCUUUGAGUAUGUUUUUUUAGUUAACGCACUUGUGGUUUGUGGAAUGCUUGUAUAAGACUAUCUGAUAAAUAAGAGUGUUGCUUCAUCUUAGCUUUGUUAGUUCAUGAACGUAUGCUUAAUCUGUGGA